GCUAGAUGCCUGCAGCAUCCAAUCGCUUCACCACUCUGCUUCCAUCUUUUCCUACCUGUAAAACUAGGAUAAUUUUCUCUCACAGGGGGGACUGUGCAUUUUAAUUAUUCUGUGCGAAGUCCACUGAGACUCCUUGCACAAAAGGUAUAGGAGAAGUAUCAAAUACUGAAAUUAAUUUGCUCAGGUGCACGCUGACACCUCCCACUGAAUGCAUUUGGCACUGCUUAACUGCAUGUUAAACACCCUUGGGUGCUGACAGCUAGUGGAGAGUCUCCGGUGGCUCAGGGGAGCAGAGCCUGCGCUUUUAUCACAGGAGAACCUGAAUCCCAAGUGGCUGUGCAAUGCAGUGUACAGUACUGACAGGCACGGGGUCCUGGAUGGCAGCAGAUUUCUUACAGUGUUAUGUGGAAUGCACAUAUCUUUGAGAUCCCACAGGGAAAUUGUUCCCUUGCCUGUCUUGGUAGCUGAAACGAGUGGUUCCUGGCUGAUUUGCUGGCACUUGGCCAGCUUGUGAGUCUUUUAAUGUUGUAAGAUGCGCUGCUAUGAAAAGAGGCUUUUCUCAGUGGUAUGGGUGGGGUAGCCAAGUCCACGUGGUACUGCGAAGGGAUGCAACAUUCCCGUGUGUUUGUUUACUGUCUUAAUUAUGAUGUCCAGCCAUUCGGCUGAAGUCUGUGCCCCUAAGUGGCAGUGUCGUCUGUGUCCGAGUCUUUUAAGCCAUUGUCUCCAGAGCUGCUAGCUUGCUGCUUCACUCUCCAACAUUGAAGGUGCUUCCCAGUGUGAUGAGGCUAUUUGCGCGGUAGUCAGGUAAGGCAACAGGAGCUGUUUCUCCGCUGAAUCUAUGAAUUUCAACAAAUAGAUUGCUCUGAAAAGCUGUCAAGCAUCAGUUGAAGAGUUAAGUUAAUUAAAUCCAGAGCCCCAUAAUGGCAGGGCGCUCCCUCAUCACAUGGACUGAAGAAACCUACAUGUGCUGUGCUCAGGGCUUCUAAUGAGUGACUGAAUCUUUAAUGCCACUUCUGCAUUGCUGUGGGUGUCUAAUAUAUUCAACCUGUUAUAAGUCAAGGGUGAAAGUCUGAUGAGGAUCUUCCCAGCAUAAAACCUGAUCUGGGAUUCCUGACCUGUUGUUUUCCUUGAGAUCCAUGUCUUCUGCUGAUGGUGGGCUACACUCAGUGACUGCUAUCAGCUUUUCUGUGCACAGUUUCAAUUGUUUGCUCAUUCUGUUCUCAGAUAUUUGCCUCCCAUGAGACUGGGAGAGCUGCCCCAGAGUAUGGUUUCAGUGUGAGAGGCGGGGCGUUUAAAUCUCAGGGCUGUAGUUGGAUCUUCCCCCACUUCCUGUAGUGGCAUAACUAGCCGGCCAUACCACAGCAGUGGAAAAUUGUUUUGUGUUCUCUUGCAGCUUCCUUCGAGUCUCAGUGCUUUGUGCUGACAUGGUAACUACGUGGUGGAUCUGCACACCUGGUGAACAGGGACAGCUGCUCCAAAGAGGCUAGCGGGAACAGCCUGGUAGGGUCCAUCUCCGAACAGACACGGAUGAUGCCAGAGCUAUGACAGGGGCUGCAGUCCUGGCACUGAGGGGUGAUCAGUUAUGGAACAGCUACAGGAGGAAGUACCUGAGGUCAGGGAAGAGGAGGAGGAAGAGGAAAAGGCAGUGACAGCAGCAGGUGGAGCCUUGGAUACAAGUGGAGGACUGGAUAGUUCACUGCCUUCCAGCAGCUACACAGACCUUUCCCAGAGCUCCUCUCCAUCCCUGUCGGACCAGCUCCAGAUGGGCUGCGAGGAUGCAUCCUCUGGGAUGCUGAACGUGGAGUGCAGGGUCUGUGGAGACAAAGCAUCGGGGUUUCACUAUGGAGUCCACGCAUGUGAAGGCUGUAAGGGCUUCUUCCGCCGAACAAUCCGCAUGAAGCUGGAGUACGAGAAGUGUGAACGGAACUGCAAGAUCCAGAAGAAGAAUCGGAACAAGUGCCAGUACUGCCGCUUCCAGAAAUGCCUCUCCCUGGGCAUGUCGCACAAUGCCAUCCGCUUUGGCCGCAUGCCAGAGGCGGAGAAGAGGAAGCUGGUGGCGGGGCUGACAGCCAGUGCGAUCAGCUGCCAGAACCCGCAGGUGGCCGACCUUAAGGCCUUCUCCAAGCACAUCUACAAUGCCUACCUGAAGAACUUCAACAUGACCAAAAAGAAGGCAAGAGGCAUCCUGACUGGGAAGGCCAGCAGCAGCCCGCCUUUUGUGAUCCACGACAUGGACACCUUGUGGCAGGCAGAAAAGGGGCUGGUGUGGAAACAGCUGGUGAAUGGGAUCCCCCCAUAAAAAGAGAUUGGAGUCCACGUCUUCUAUCGCUGCCAGUGCACCACUGUGGAGACUGUGCGGGAGCUCACGGAGUUUGCCAAGAGCAUCCCCAGCUUUGUUGGCCUCUACCUGAAUGACCAAGUGACUCUACUGAAGUAUGGAGUGCAUGAGGCCAUCUUUGCCAUGCUGGCCUCUAUCAUGAACAAGGACGGGCUUCUAGUGGCCAACGGAAAUGGGUUUGUGACACGUGAGUUCCUGCGUAGCCUGCGCAAGCCCUUCAACGAGAUCAUGGAGCCCAAGUUUGAGUUUGCUGUGAAGUUCAACUCGCUGGAGUUGGACGACAGUGACUUGGCUCUGUUUGUGGCUGCCAUAAUCCUGUGUGGAGACCGCCCUGGCUUGAUGAACGUGAAGCUGGUGGAGGAUAUACAGGACAACAUCCUCCGAGCCCUGGAGUUCCACCUGCAGACCAACCACCCUGACGCCCAGUACCUCUUCCCCAAGCUGCUGCAGAAGAUGGCUGACCUGCGGCAGCUAGUAACAGAGCAUGCACAGCUGGUGCAGAAGAUCAAGAAGACAGAGACAGAAACUUCACUGCACCCACUCCUGCAGGAGAUCUACAAGGACAUGUAUUGAGGAGCGCUUAUUUAUGAGAGAGAUUAAAGCCAUCGACCCCUUGCCGAACUCUUUGUGCGACAACAAAGAAUCCCUUUCCCCGUCUUCCAUUUUCUUCUACUGGAAACUGUUUUCUAUAGGAUCAGUACACACGGUACAUAAGGCAAAGCACCAUGAGACUUUGCAGUUACUGCGGGGUAGGCCAGGGCUUCCGUUAAUAUGCACUAACCAACCUUAAAGGGUGAAACCCAUUUCCAUUGUUACAGCCCAGCUGCUUCAGGAGUGGCUGGUGCAUUUCCACCCAGGUCAACAGGCCGUGGGAGCACUGGGCCCACAAAGCGGCAGCAAGGGGAUGGUCUGAUGUAGGAAGACCAAGGAGCAGCUCCAGUAUCUGCAGGCCCAGAACUGCACUUGAGAUCUCGCAGCUGCUGUGUAUUAUUUGUAUUGCACUCCACAGGCUAUCAGUCCUGAGCCAUGAGGUCUAAGACAGUCACAGAAGCAAGCGGCUCUCAGGGUACGAGUCCCCCAGAGAAACCUGUGAGUGUUUGGAGAAGGGUACGAUGCUUCCUCAGGGGACAGACCGGCUGUGCUCCCCCUGAAUGCCUAGGGAAGACAUGCUUUCUACUAGAGAUGUGUCCUCCCCUGCCUUCCAUACUGCUCCCUUACAUGUGUGAGUCUUCAUGUGGCCUGAGUUAGUCCUUGUUAACCCUUAAUUUCAAAGGCACCUGCCCCUUGGCAUGUGCUCCUAUCUUCACCUAGAACAGUGGUUUUCAACCCUUUUUCAUUUGUGGACCCCUAAAAAAUUUCAAAUGGAGGUGGGGACCCCUUCAAAUUGUCAGUGUGGGUAUUUACAUACUUUUGAUUGAUCAUAGUCAUCUUUCGUGGACCCCUUAGACAUAGUCUGUGGGCGCCCAGGA